AUGAGUAACGGAGAAACUUUUGAUUCCAUUCCGACAGAUCUCUUUAACGAGAUAUUCUCAAGGUUGCCUGCAAAGUCCAUAUCUAGGUUUCGCUGCGUGUCGAAACUAUGGGACUCCAUGCUUAGCAGUCCAUCUUUCACCGAACUGUUCUUGACCAGAUCAUGGGCUCGUCCACGUCUCUUAUUCGCCAUCAAACAACCCAGUGAAUGGCGCUUCUUCUCGUCACCUCAGAAUCCAGAUGAUGAUGACAAGUCUUCUCUUGAAGUGGCGGCCACCGAUUGUCAUGUGGACUUCCCUGGUAAGUCCAUGUUCAGAGACGACUGUACGUGUAGCUAUACCUCUGGUUUGUUAUGUUUUCCUAAUGUGCCGAUCUUGGAAAACAAGGGCGGGGAUGUUGAUCAGUGUGUGAUAUGUAACCCUGCCACAGGACAACGUGUGUUCUUACCUAAACAGAAAACAACGGGAGUCAGCUCGAGAUUCUUUCUAGGGUUUGAUACGAUUGACAAGCGAUUCAAGGUUUUGCAUUUGGUUGAGUUCAGUAGACCUCAUAGUACCAUCCCACAUAGAUUUUGUUUUGAAACGGUUCAUUAUAUUCUGACAUUAGGGACUGGAAAAAUGAGUUGGAGGGAGAUCUCAUGUCCCUUAGAGUUAGAGCUUUAUCCUUUUAAUAAAGGGAUAUGCAUCAAUGGGUUUUUGUAUUACUUAGCUAAACGAUUGGAAGAAACAGAUUUUGUUGUAGUUUGCUUUGAUGUUAGGUCUGAGAAAUUCAAGUUUGUUGAUGCAAGCUGCUUUAAUGAUCAAGCAUGUGUUACAUUGGUAAACUAUAAGGGUAAACUAGGUGGGAUUUAUUGGAUGCAUGAUUCCAACGGUGGAAUAACUAAUGUCCAAUUGUGUGUGUGGAUUCUAGAGGAUGUCAAGAAACAUGAAUGGUCGAAUUAUGUCUAUACUUUUGGUGAUGGUGAUCUCGGCGGUGCGAAAUUUGAUUGCGUCAUUGGAGUGACGAGUACUGGUGAAAUUGUUUCUUCGGAUGAGAGUGAACCAAUUAGAGUUUUGUACUUCAAUUCUGAAAGGAACACUGUUAAGAUUGUCCAAAUCCAAGGAUUUGAGUGUGGUAGUCUUGUUCACGCUUUUGUAGACCAUGUGGAAGAUCUUAAUGCUAACUAUGCAGAGCCACUCAAGUCAAGCCUAAACAUCAUUGAGAAAAGGGCGCCAUCAAAACCACAACAACAAGGUAGUCGUGCAUCAUCAGGAAAGCAAUUAGGCAUAUGCAAAUUUGCUGCUCCAUCUAUAAUGAAGACGCUGCCGACAAGUUUCAUGCAGAACUCGUACGAUUUAUUAGCUAACCUAGAGUGA